AUGGCAGGGUCCACUGUCUGCAAGAUCACCAUACUGUCCCUGGUCCUGCUAUUCCCGGAGCUCCACGUGGCAGGCACCCUUGCAUCUGGAUCCUCUCCCCGGAACCUGCCUGAAACCCAACCCCAUCUCCCCAGCUCUACACUGUGGGUACCUCAACCCAGCCAUCAUGGCCGACGGGGCCUGGGCAAGAAGGACAGGGGCCCAGGCAUGCCCAGCCGGGGCCAGGAGGGGGCUGUGGUCACUGCUGCUAGGCAGGCUUCCGGGAUAACGCUUGGACAGCGCCCUGCCGGCCUUCUGCAGGACAAGGAGCUGCUUCUGGGGCUGGCAUUGCCCUAUCCUGAGAAGGAGCCCCGGUCUUCUGGGUGGGAGAGGAUGAAGAAACGUGGCAGAGAACACAAGAGACGCAGGGACCGGCUGCGCCAGCACCGAGGACGAGCUGCCAUCCGCGGGCCCAGCUCCCUAAUGAAGAAGGUGGAACCUUCUGAAGACCAGAUGCUGGAGGCUGCUACAGAGGAGUCUUCUACCAGCCUGGCCCCAACCAUGCUCUUCCUAACCACAGCAGAUGCCGCCACGCCUACCACAGAGGAGUCCCGGAUCCUGCCUGUCACCUCUCUGCAGCCCCAGGCACAGCCCAGGUCUGAUGGGGACGUGAUGCCCACGCUGGACAUGGCCUUAUUUGACUGGACUGACUAUGAGGAUUUAAAACCAGAGGUCUGGCCUUCUGCAAAGAGGAAAGAGAAACACUGGAGUCAGUAUGCCAGUGAUGGUAACGAGACGUCGCCAGCUGAGGGGGAACCGUGUGACCAUCACCAGGAUUGCCUGCCAGGAACUUGCUGCGACCUCCGGGAACAUCUCUGCACGCCCCACAACCGUGGCCUCAACAACAAAUGUUUUGAUGACUGCAUGUGCAUGGAAGGGCUGCGUUGCUAUGCCAAAUUCCACCGGAACCGCAGGGUCACCCGGAGGAAGGGGCGCUGCGUGGAACCUGAGACAGUCAACGGGGACCAGGGAUCCUUCAUCAACAUCUAG